UACGUCCCGACCCGAGACAGGUCUUGACGUGGCUGGAACGCGUACCGGCAAGAUACUCAAGAAACGAGUAAUUAAAAGAUAUUCCUUAGCUGAGACCGGGUUUAGGAUUGUGCCAUGGCAAAAUCCAUCUCAUUAAAACCCAAACGUGAACUGCUAAACCCCAAUUUUGAUGGAUAUAAGCUGUCACUAGAUGGAGAUGUUACUGUAUACUCACAAAGUGUUAAUGAAGCCUUGGAGCCCAAGAAGAGCAACACCAGCUGCUAUCUCCGCACACGAAUAGAAGCCUUGCACAACCAUCUCUUCAAGGAUCCUUUUCAUGUUAACCAUAUUUAUUACUUCACCAGCAGAGGUCAUCUUAUCAAGCAUCAGUACUCAAAGGAUUCGAAGCUCAGCAGUAGUGAAGUGGUAUGGCAGGCUGAUAUGUCUGAGUUAAGUGAAGAGGAGGCUGAAGGGGACAGGUAUUUUGCAAGUCUUCACUUCCCCUCCGAAGAUCUGGCUGUUGUUACAAAUGGAAGAGGAAGUUUGCACAUAUUAGAAACAGGCGAUAGAACCACUACACAGAGCUGGCUGGAAUGCCUUCAAACAAACACGGAACGAGGGGUUAUCAUGCAGUCAUACAUAGAAGAUGGAGAUGACUACCAACGACACCUCCACUGCCUCAUAGUGUCAGUGACAACACAGCAGGAACUGAUCAGUAAUGAGCAGUAUGUCAUUGUGGAUGAAGGACUGAAGAAUGCAAAGGAUGUUGCUGUUCAUCUCCUCAGUUGGCUUGUCAUCACAUAUAAUGGUGCAACUUGGGAACCAGGACGAGUGAGAAGGCUGGCAGGAAGAGGCACCAUAGAAUACUGCUCCUUUGACACCGCAGCAUCAGGACUCAUCAUUUUGUGCCACAGCAACUAUUCUUUUGUGGAAGAUUCAGCAAGUCCCAUCUCAGCACCCAAGCCGAAGGAGAGAGUGGAGGAAAAGAAGAUGCCAAAAUAUACGUAUAUGCAGAAUGAUGAGGACCUUAUUGUAUACUUGAAUGUUGGACAAAUCACAAGGGAAGACCUGAAGGUGAAAGUCCAACCAAAGGAGCUCUGUGUCAAGAUCAAGGAUUCCACAGUACUCGAAGGACACUUCACUGACCUGGUUUCAGCAGACAUGGUCACUUGGACAAUAAGGGAGACUACACUAGAGUUAACAUUACCCAAGGCCUCAGAAGGGGUUAGAUGGAAGCAGCUCCUGGAAGGUGAUGAUGUGAGUGGAGAGGAAGUGUUCGAUCCGCAGUUAAUUGAAGAGGUCAAUCAAAGACUUGCACACCUUACAUCUGAUAAAUUGGACGACAACCCAGACCUUGACAAGCCGGCUUACAACCCAGAGCAGUUGGAGGCAUGCGAUGAAGCCCAGGAAGACUUGCUUCUGCUCCACUUAGACGGGAGUACACAUAAAACUGAUUCUCUCGGCCAACUGGGAGCAACACAGCACCUAUUUAAUUCUCAGGUUCAAGGCUCAGCUAUCCCUGCCUUCUGCAUUCGAAGUGAUGUUGAUGGCAUUCUAUGGUUACCAGAGAAGGACAGUUAUACCCAUGUUGCAACUUUCAAUGCUUUUGGCUAUGUGAAAGCCUCAAAAACAAUGGCUAAAUUUACCUGUGCUUCUGCUGACAACUCCUAUGUAGCCAUUGCAGAUGUGAAGAGCCACAUUUACGUGUUCUUCCAGUCAGAAGCAUAUAGUGGCGAACUACGGAAUCGCAAAUCUGGCAAGAGAAUGAAUACUGUAGCACGGCAGCUGGUGAUCUCAAUGAAGACUCAUGACGAGAUACUAGGGCUUCACUGUGAUACUGAUGUUCUCUUCGUGCUAACAGAGAAGACUCUGUAUGCUUAUGCCUUGCGCAGUUAGUUCCCAUGAUGUCAUGUUUUGUAAUGUUAGAAAGUCUGUCUGGUUUGUCAGAAUGAGAAAGAAUGUUUUGAUGUAACUUGUAGAUUAAUUAUGAAUGUGAAAAUUUGUUUACAGAGAGAAUAAAAUGUUUGUGAAACGAAAACGACAUUAUGUGAUGUAUGCUAAAAUUUUCUGGAAAUCAUUCCAUAUGAGAGUAAUUAAUCAAAGGAUGAUAUUAUUUUCAAGAAUCAGUAAAACAGAUUUCGUGUAAAUUUAUUCACAAGUGCACUGACUAAUAAAUGUGUGCUUUGAUAUUGUGUGGAAUUACUUAAUAUUUCCCUGGUCUUGUAUGAUUUUCAAUACCAUACACUGUCACAGUCCCAAACAUAUCAAAUGUUCUUCUUCAUCAUUUUUUUACUGAUGCAUCACCAGGUAACCCCUUGGAUCCGAAUGAUGUAACCGCCAUAUCAUGAAAAAAUUAGCCUGAUGGCUAGGUCCAUAAAUAUGCUGUCAUAAAAAGUAUUGACAGGGGGUCAUGGGUGAAGUGAAUAUACUGUGAAAAAAAUUUGGCGGAGGAUAGGGAUGGCAGAAGGCCAUUACAAGAAUUUUGGCUAAAGGCUGGAGUUACGGCAGGACUCGCCACAAAGCUCUAGGAGGGUGACUAGACUCAAUGGGCAUUAAGGAAGGGGUUCUUGUAUUUCCAUUAAUAAAUUAGUGUGGAAAGUAUCUUUACUUGCUUCAGGGAGGACACUAUUUCCAUGCUCAGAAUCCAAUUCUUGCCUGCUAUGAUUCAAGAUGUAUUACAGAAAAUUUAAUAUUGUGAAAAAAUAAAAAUGCCAUAAAUAACAUAAGGUUAGUUAUUGUUUUUGUUAUUGAGUACCUAGAGAGAUGAUAUGGAGUCAGUACAAGGAAAACAGUGUAUGACCAUCUUGGUACAACAUAUCAAAUGACAAAUAUACCUCUUGCAAAAUGGCAAAAAAAAACAAAAAAACACUUAAGUAGGAAUAGAGGUAAUAUUGCAUAGGGGAGGGAAGGAGUCUUGACACCACACAUGAGCGUUUGUGCAGGCUAGCUCUACAAAUAAGCCUAAUGCCCGGACCAUGCAGGCAGCAAGGUACUCAGAUCCAAGGCGUUAAUUAAAAACAUCUGCAAGGUUAGGUAUAUGUUUAGUGAAUGCAUUGUUAAGAUGCCUAAAGAGACUGUGAUUCAUUUACUAAACUUGAUAAACCUAGAAUUGAUCAGCUAACUUUCAUCCACACAGCCUCAGGCUAUAAUAUCCUCGACUGUUACUACUACCUUGCAUAUUCAAAAUACUCUGUUUACCCUCUAAUAGCAUCAUAGCAUAAUAUUUUGUGAUGCAUCAUAUUCUGUAAUGGUGGUUUAUCAUAAAUAAUAGAAAAAAAGUUUCUACAACAAAUAUCACAGCAUGUUUUGCAUGAUUCUGUGCUAGAAGUUAUAAUAACUGGUAUAAAAAGAAUAAGACAUCUUUUGUCUUUUGGGUAUUUCCAUGCAUUUAAUACAUUAAUAUUUCUUCCAUGUCAAACAAAAGCAAAUAUUGAAGAUACAUAUUCAUCUGUCAUAGUCCUGCUUCUUUGAACUAAAAUUAUCUGUAAAGAAAGUAAUUUUAAAGGGAGUUUCAGAUAGUUUCAUAUAGCGAAAGUGCCAGAAUACUGAAACAUUACACAUAGCUGCCUCCACAAGUGCUAAGUCACCAGUGAGCCAAUUAUAAGUACUACCUGUCCCACCUGCUUUACCGUUUCCUUGAUUUUUAAAAAUAAUUUCUGAUAUCUUAUACUGCUGGUAGUAAUGUCUGUAAUGCUAUAAUAAUAAUGUCUUUAAUGAAAAUAAUAGCAUUGAUACUCAUAGCAUUAUUA